AUAUUAUUAUUCUACGUUAUUUUUUAUGCGGUACUGGCCGGUUUCUUCGGAGCGAUGUUGACAGUGUUCUAUCAAACGUUAGACCCGAAUGCACCGAAAUGGCAAUUGGACAAUUCCUUGAUAGGGAGCAACCCCGGCCUCGGUUUCAGGCCCAUGCCGCCUUCGAGCAACGUCGAGAGUACUUUGAUCUGGUACAAAGCCAGCGACGAGGGAAACUUUUUACACUGGACCAGAGAAUUGGACAAGUUCCUCGAAGAGUACCAGAAACCAGCAUCGUCGACGAACGGCGCCCAGAAAAGGACGAUUUGCGACUACGGUAAACCGCCAGCCCCCGGCAAAGUCUGCGAUGUGGACAUGUCGACGUGGGGCCAAUGCACGAAGAAAAACAAAUACGGUUACAACAAAUCCGCUCCUUGCAUCUUCCUCAAGUUGAACAAG